AUGGAGGCUUUCCCCUGGGCGCCCCGCUCGCCCCGCCGCGGCCGUGCCCCCCCGCCCAUGGCGCUCGUGCCCAGCGCCCGCUACGUGAGCUCCCAGCGCCCGGUGCACCCGCAGCCCUUCAGCUCGUGGAACGACUACCUGGGGCUCGCCACGCUCAUCACCAAGGCGGUGGACGGCGAGCCGCGCUUCGGCUGCGCCCGCGGCGGGGACGGCGGCGGCGACGGCUCCCCGCCCUCCUCUUCUUCCUCGUCGUGCUGCUCCCCCCACGCUGGGGCCGGGCCCGGGACACUGGGGCCCACGCUGGGGCCGCCCGACUACGACGACGACGACGACGACAGCGACGAGCUGGGAUCCCGGGGCCGCUACCUGGGGGGCGCGCUGGAGCUGCGCACGCUGGAGCUGUGCGCGGACCCCGCCGAGGCCGGGCUGCUGGAGGAGCGUUUCGCCGAGCUGAGCCCGUUCGCUGGUCGCGCCGCCGCCGUGCUGCUGGGCUGCGCGCCCGCCGCUGCUGCCACCGCCGAAGUGGCGCCGCGCGAGGAGCGGGCCGCGGCGUGGGCGGCUGAGCCCAGGCUGCACGCCGCCUCCGGGGCGGCCGCCGCCCGGCUGCUCAAGCCCGAGCUGCAGGUGUGCGUGUUCUGCCGGAACAACAAGGAGGCGGUGGCGCUCUACACCACCCACAUCCUGAAGGGACCCGACGGGCGAGUGCUGUGCCCCGUGCUGCGCCGCUACACGUGCCCCCUGUGCGGCGCCAGCGGCGACAACGCACACACCAUCAAGUACUGCCCGCUCUCCAAAGUGCCGCCGCCGCCCGCCGCCCGCCCGCCGCCGCGCAGCGCCAGGGACGGCCUGCCCGGCAAGAAGCUGCGUUGAGGACCCGGGCUCCGGUCUGCUGUUGCCACCUGACGCCACCAGGGUCGCCGC